UCGCCCGAGCCCACAUUCUCUUUGUUCCGCAGCCAUUUCAGGCCCCGGACGGGAGGCAGCGCCGCUUCGGCAGAAGGCCCGAGUACCGGAGGCCUCUGGGAUGGUGUGGGACCGGCAAACCAAGAUGGAGUAUGAGUGGAAACCUGACGAGCAAGGGCUUCAGCAGAUCCUGCAGCUGCUCAAGGAGUCCCAGUCUCCAGACACCACCAUCCAGAGGACCGUGCAACAAAAACUGGAACAACUCAAUCAGUAUCCAGAUUUUAACAACUACUUGAUUUUUGUUCUUACAAAAUUAAAAUCUGAAGAUGAGCCCACAAGGUCCCUGAGCGGUCUGAUCUUGAAGAAUAAUGUGAAAGCUCAUUUCCAGAACUUCCCAAAUGGGGUAACGGACUUCAUCAAAAGUGAAUGUCUAAAUAAUAUUGGUGAUUCCUCUCCUCUGAUCAGAGCCACUGUUGGAAUUUUAAUUACAACCAUAGCCUCCAAGGGAGAACUGCAGAAUUGGCCUGAUCUCUUACCAAAGCUCUGUAGCCUGCUGGAUUCUGAGGAUUACAACACUUGUGAGGGAGCAUUUGGUGCCCUGCAGAAGAUAUGUGAAGACUCUGCUGAGAUUUUAGAUAGUGAUGUUUUAGAUCGCCCUCUCAACAUCAUGAUUCCCAAAUUUUUACAGUUUUUCAAGCACAGUAGUCCCAAAAUAAGGUCUCACGCUGUUGCAUGUGUCAAUCAGUUCAUCAUCAGUCGGACUCAAGCACUUAUGCUACAUAUUGAUUCUUUCAUUGAGAACCUCUUUGCACUGGCUGGUGAUGAGGAAGCAGAGGUGCGGAAAAAUGUGUGCCGGGCACUGGUGAUGCUGCUGGAAGUCCGGAUGGAUCGCCUGCUUCCUCAUAUGCAUAACAUAGUCGAGUACAUGCUGCAAAGGACACAAGACCAAGAUGAGAACGUGGCUUUGGAGGCCUGUGAAUUCUGGCUGACUUUGGCUGAACAGCCAAUAUGCAAAGAUGUGCUUGUGAGGCAUCUGCCUAAGUUGAUUCCUGUGUUAGUGAAUGGCAUGAAGUAUUCAGAUAUAGAUAUUAUUCUGCUUAAGGGCGAUGUGGAAGAAGAUGAAACAAUCCCUGAUAGUGAGCAGGAUAUAAGGCCACGGUUUCAUCGCUCAAGGACAGUAGCUCAGCAGCAUGAGGAGGAUGGGAUUGAAGAGGAAGAUGACGAUGACGAUGAAAUUGAUGAUGAUGAUACAAUUUCUGACUGGAAUCUGAGAAAAUGUUCUGCUGCUGCUCUAGAUGUUCUUGCAAAUGUUUAUCGUGAUGAACUCUUGCCACACAUUUUGCCACUUUUGAAAGAGUUGCUUUUCCAUCAUGAAUGGGUUGUUAAAGAAUCAGGCAUCUUGGUUUUAGGAGCAAUUGCUGAAGGUUGCAUGCAAGGCAUGAUUCCAUACUUGCCUGAGCUCAUUCCUCACCUUAUUCAGUGCCUCUCUGACAAAAAGGCUCUUGUGCGGUCCAUUACCUGCUGGACUCUUAGCCGCUAUGCACACUGGGUAGUCAGCCAGCCACCAGACACAUACCUGAAGCCAUUAAUGACAGAAUUGCUGAAGCGUAUCCUGGAUAGCAACAAGAGAGUACAAGAAGCCGCUUGCAGUGCCUUCGCUACAUUAGAAGAGGAGGCUUGUACAGAGCUUGUCCCGUACCUUGCUUAUAUACUCGAUACCCUCGUCUUCGCCUUCAGUAAAUACCAGCAUAAGAACCUGCUCAUUCUGUACGAUGCCAUUGGGACACUAGCAGAUUCAGUGGGACAUCAUUUAAACAAGCCAGAAUAUAUUCAGAUGCUAAUGCCACCUCUGAUCCAGAAAUGGAACAUGUUAAAGGAUGAAGACAAAGAUCUCUUCCCGUUGCUUGAGUGCCUCUCAUCCGUUGCCACAGCCUUGCAGUCUGGCUUUCUUCCCUAUUGUGAACCUGUGUAUCAGCGUUGUGUAAACCUAGUGCAGAAGACUCUAGCACAAGCCAUGCUAAACAAUGCUCAACCAGAACAAUAUGAAGCUCCAGAUAAAGAUUUUAUGAUUGUGGCUCUUGACUUACUCAGUGGCCUGGCUGAAGGGCUGGGAGGCAACAUCGAACAACUGGUAGCCCGAAGUAACAUCCUAACACUAAUGUAUCAAUGCAUGCAGGAUAAAAUGCCCGAAGUUCGGCAGAGUUCUUUCGCCUUAUUAGGUGAUCUGACUAAAGCUUGUUUUCAGCAUGUUAAGCCCUGUAUAGCUGAUUUCAUGCCAAUAUUGGGAACAAAUCUAAAUCCAGAGUUUAUUUCAGUCUGCAACAAUGCCACCUGGGCGAUUGGGGAAAUAUCGAUUCAAAUGGGUAUAGAGAUGCAGCCUUAUAUUCCUAUGGUGUUACACCAGCUUGUAGAAAUCAUUAACAGACCCAACACACCAAAGACGCUGUUAGAGAACACAGCAAUAACAAUUGGUCGUCUUGGUUACGUUUGUCCUCAAGAGGUGGCCCCCAUGCUACAGCAGUUUAUAAGACCCUGGUGUACCUCUCUGAGAAACAUAAGAGACAAUGAAGAGAAAGAUUCAGCAUUCCGUGGGAUUUGUACCAUGAUCAGUGUGAAUCCUAGUGGCGUAAUCCAAGAUUUUAUAUUUUUUUGUGAUGCCGUUGCAUCGUGGAUUAACCCAAAAGAUGAUCUCAGAGACAUGUUCUGUAAGAUCCUUCAUGGAUUUAAAAACCAAGUCGGGGAUGAAAAUUGGAGGCGAUUCUCUGACCAGUUUCCUCUUCCCUUAAAAGAGCGUCUUGCAGCUUUCUAUGGUGUUUAAUCUAAUACACUUAAGCUGCGUCCCAGAAUUAGGGGUCCAUCAGUCUUGGAGACUAUAAGGGAGCCUCUGCACCCAGGGAAAAUGUUACCCUUUACAGGGGGGAAGGGUAAACCAGUAGGGAAUACAGUACAAUCCCAACCCUACUGGGAGGGGCGGGAGGGAGGUGUUGCCGUCACUGUAUUAAGUCGAUGUUGGGAAAUGUUUUAACAUCUGGAGCCUUUGUGGGUGGAAAUCUGUCUCCAAUUACAACUCUGCACUGGAUGUGAAGAAGCAAAAACUAUUCAGUCUACUCACAGAACAGUACUUGCUGGAAUAUUAUGGGGAAUUGUACCAAAACAAGAACCACAUAAACAAUGCGUAGGGAUAAGAAGGAGGAAAAUCCCGUGGUCCACAACAAAGGAAACCUAAGAGUGGGAAGCUACAACAGUAAGGAAGCUUUUUUCAUUAAAGGUUUUUAUAUAAAUUUUCCCACGUUACGGGGCCUUGUUUUGCAUGCUGAUGAAGAACUACACAAAACUAAUAGUUAAAAUCAGCUUGCCUCCCCUAGUAGAAGCAGGUUCUUGGAAGUUACAAUUUAAGGUACCCCCAAAAAGUUGGAAAUAAAACAAAACAAAUUUGAACAAUGAAGCACCCUGUGAGAUGCCAACGAGUCACUCCUUUUACCUUUGCGGGCUGGGCAGGGAGGGAGGAAUAAAUGGGGUCGGGGUAUCAGACUAAAGGUGACAUCUAAUUUUACAUUAAAACGUUAGUGGAUAUGAUUUCAUGGUUGUACUUCUUAGAUUUAAUUUCUAGGCCAACACGUUAUCUUAAGGUGCAGUUUAAGGUUCAGGCAUGCGCUCUGGCUCAUAGUGAUUGAAAGUGAUGUAAAUUAGUGGGACCGUAGCAUGCUUGCAUCACAUAGAGUGCAGUUGGUAUCCAUUUACCUAUGUUGCGCCAGUUUGGGUUGCAGUUUACCAGUUCAAUAGCCCUGCAUUAAAAUUACUUUAAGAUUUGUGGAUUUUAUUUUUAUUAAGAAUAUAGAUAUAUAAAGUACUGUAGUUUACAGCUAGGCCUUGAAAUAUCUUUUUAGGAUCUGUUAGGAAUAAGAUUGAUAUUGUAUUGUGUGUAACCUGCACAAUGUGGAAAGCUGAUAUACCUGUGCAAAAUCUCUGCCUCUGUGCUGUCAGUGUGAUGUGCUUUCUGCAUGGUUAUAUACUACUAGUGAUUUUAUCAAAUUUCAAAUUACAUGGUAAAAGAUCUAUAAAAGGCUGCAUAAAUAUUAGUUGGCACAUAAAGACAUAAAGACAAUUGUAGAAGUUGAAACAGGAUUGCUAUAUUUCAAUGUUUAUUCCCACUCAACAUAUUGCCUCUAAGCUUUCCUUUUUUUAUUUUAUUUUAUUUUAUUUUUUUGUUCAAAGCAUGAUCUUAAAGAUACGUUUAAGUUAAUGGAUGUAAUGCAGGGUUCCUACACUGUAUUGGCGCAUGUUGGUGGCCCUUUGUGCCCUAAAUAUAUGCACACAGGGUGCAAGUUCAAAGCUACAGAGUGAGAGUUGGUUUGGAUCCUCUUCAUUUCAUUUGUUUGGCUUUUCUGUUAUUUUCCCCCUCUACUUACAUGUAUUCCUGUGAAUAAAUCCUUGUUAAGUUAACCCUUUA